AUGACCCUCGAAUACAAUGACUUAUGUCGACAGAAUGAAAGUGACGCAGAGACUAAGAGGCAACUAGGUGCCGAAAUCGCAGUUCUGAUGGCCUAUAGAGAUGUCCUUGAGAGAGAGCAAAUAACAGCAAAGAUCAGACACCAGUUCUCUCAAUCUGAGAACGAGACUAACCGAAGGACGAUAGAAGAAGCCAAGGCCUGUGUUGGAGAGUUGCUCAAAUCCCCUACAAGAUAUUCGCUUGGCCGCCCCACAACUCGAUUCACUAAUCAAUCUCCAUUAUGUAGCACAACGCCCGUAAUUCGGACGGACCACAUGGGUGAUGACCACAUGGGUGACGACCACAUGGGUGAUGACCACAUGGGUGAUGACCACAUGGGUGAUGACCACAUGGGUGAUGACCACAUGGGUGACGACAACCAUUUAAAUGUUGACCGCCGGGCGACUGGCAACCACCAGACGACUGGCUACCACCAGACGAUCGGCUACCACCAGACGACUGGUUGCCGUCGUCCAUUGAGUAGUUGUGAUGAAGUCCGAGACACACAGGACCGGUAUCCGUUAACGGCAUUGACUCGCAUCAGCCCCCAGGCAUUUGUAGGCGAGACGAGCUCGGCGAGUUGCAUAGAAGAUAAUGAACACGCCGUUGUUCCCGACUGUGACUCACUAAACGCGAAUACCCCACCAGCAAAUGUCUAUGUAACCUGGCCAAACGUUCCGCUACAGCGUGAUUGCACGAGUCCGUUUUCGUUGUUACCAGCGUUUAAGGGACAGCUAUCAUUCGGGGUGCGAGGAGCGUUAGUUGAAGCUCCCAAGGUUUUAAGUGCUGUUGAUGUAUCGAGCGUAACAGAGUUAUGGACUGUUCUACGAGAGCACUGCUCCACUGGCAGGCCAUUGGACGACUUGCGGCUCCGUGCCGGGACUGAGUCGGGUGGCAGGCGGGGAGAUGUCGUUGACAUAAUCCGAACUAAGAUAGAGGAGCUACCAGAGGGAAUGGAACCCCCCGUUAAUAAUAUCAGUUUACCUGCGUUAUGGUCCUUCCAAUGUGACCCAAAGAGUACCAGGACAUAUGCCAUGUCGACGGAUCGUGUGUAUGUGGCGGGUGUUAACAGCCCAAAAGGAGCUUUCAUUGUGGGGCAGAACGUGGUCAUCGUCCGUCUGGGCGAUUUGCGAGAGCGUAAUGCUUCGUCGGGGGCCAAGGUGCAGCGACACGGCGUCACCGUCAAGAAUAUGGGAGAGUUGGCAAUACAGGCCCUGGUCGGUUCAUUCAAGUCGGAAUUCAACCCGUCGGUCUGUGGAACUCAGGAGUUCCGCGACUGGACAGCCGGUUUCCCAUUGCGACUCCAAGACGGAGUCCAACUCCGGGUGGGACGCAUCGAAUACUUUGCAGAUAUUUGCAGAUGGCGACCACGCAUUUCUUACGACGGAACGGGAGGGGUCAAAUCCGGGACAUUCACCGUCACUCUGAGACGACUGACCGCGUCCCUGAAGAAGCGCAAGGAUUUUCUGAGCGUGGUGACCAGCUAUUUGAAUGGAGUCCACUGUGGAAUAAAAUGCUCCAGUCGCGAAGAGAAAGAGUCAUUAGAAAGCGAAGUCGACAAGCUGCUGAGACUACUAGACUCGCAGGAAGAACUUCGAAACCUCGCCCUGUUUAAUAGCUAG